UUAGAUUGAAAAUUGCUCAUACAGGCACAUAAACAGAUUGAGAUGUACACACAACAAGGCUUCUCGAAUCUUCCCAUAUGCAUGUCGAAAACGCAGUACUCAUUCUCACAUGAUGCAUCAAAGAAAGGAGCACCUUCAGGGUUUGUAUUGCCAAUUCGGGAUGUUAGAGGAAGCAUUGGAGCUGGUUUCAUAUAUCCACUGGUUGGUACAAUGAGUACAAUGCCUGGACUUCCUACAAGACCUUGUUUCUAUGAGAUUGAUAUCAGUCAAAGCUUCAAGGCUUCCCUUCACCGUCGUUCCUCACUUCCUCAAUAAAAAUUUGGCGAUUGUACUUUGAUACUGAGUGUUUUUCCUCUUUGAAAUGAAUAAUAAUAAAGUAUCUUUUCCUGUUGAUUAAU